CGCCUUCAUACCGAGCUGUUGUUUAUCCCAAGCUGUUUGAAGGCAGAGAUGAAAACACAAAAGUUCUGAAAAUAAACGACGAAAUAACAUUGAACCUUCAGCCAAGCUCCAUUCUUCAUGAAGAGUUCUUCCUGCGAAAGUAUCGCCAGGGUGUUUCAGAAUACAGAUACUUCGACGUUGAAACACUGCAGCAAGAUCUGUAUCACGACAGUAGACAGCUCGCGGCUGUCAUAGUUUCUGAAGAAGAUGGCGUGUUGCGCGUGGAAGGCGUCGUUGGUCCUAAGCUGAAGAUCAGGCCAGUUGAAGCUACCGAGCGCUCCGAAUAUGGCCCUCACGCUCACCUCAUUGACACUAUCGAAGACUCGGAUUCUGACAACGUUUAUGGGAAACUUGAGGAGAAAAUGAUGAUAACUGAGCGUGCUGCAAACGACCGCUAUGGUUUUGACCCAUCCGCAUACAACACAGAAAUUAUCUAUCCGGAGGUGCUUAUUACGUGUGACUCAGUAUUUCACCAUGGAUUCAAGAGCACACACAAAAUGUUAAAAUACGUGAUGGUCACGUUUCAAGUGGUUGUCAUACGCUAUCUUGGGGUUAAAAACCCUAGAGUUCGACCCAUACUACGGGGCAUCGAAUUGACGAAUUACACCAUAGAGCAUCAUUAUUACUCAUACCUCGCAGGAGGUGGCAUAGACGCAUUGAAGUCGUUGUACAGUAUUAAAGAUUACGUCGCAACAAAGACUACUUUGUACGAAGGUUUUGAUUUGCUCUACUUUAUCACUGGCCAUGACAUGAUUGCGCUACAAGGAGGCAAAAGGGAGUCAGCUCUUUCAGGUUUUGCCUUUGUUGGGUCUGCCUGCUUAGCCUCACGACAGCAGCUUGGUGAAGAUACUGCGUACAGUUACCGAGGAAUUCGAAUAAUGACCCACGAGAUUGCGCACACGUUGGGUUGCUCGCACGACGGAACGGCUGUAGAAGGCCACUUGAGAGGAUUCAAAGCGGACUCCUCGAGAUGUCCAUGGAGUGAUGGUUACAUCAUGAGCUAUAUUGAAGAGGACGUCAGGAGCAUGAAAUUUUCAACCUGCUGUGACUACGAUAUUUCCCAGUAUUCCUGGAUGUAUGGAGCCGAUUGUCUGCGUCGGAACUCAACUACAAAGAUUUCAAGGAAGUGGAAAAAAGUAUAUAAAUUACCCGGCGAAGUUCUGAGCAGAAAUAAACAGUGCGAACUUACGUACCCAGACCUGCAAACGACAUAUUAUAUGGAGGAUAAGGGCAUCCAGGAAUGCCGGGUAUAUUGCUUCGUUCCAGGAAGGCAGUUCGGAGGAGCCGAUCACUACUGGCCCAUGUACCUGAUAGACGGCAGUACUUGCUCGUCGCCCACCGUCUGCGAUGAAGCCCCGACAACCUUCUCCGGAAAACUAAGCCAUGCAGCUCUUGGAGGUGAUGCUGCAUUGAAGACUGGACCGCAAAACACUCUGAUCACUCUGCCGACCAAACAGGACUUGAUGGAACCUUUAGUCGAUGGCGUCAGUGUCACAGCAGUCAUUCACACUGAGACCCACGUAUCCAUGAUGAUUGCCCAAUUGCCCCGACGCCUGAUUCAAGGUGUCACAGCCGCUGCAUCAGGCACGCUCCGCGUUGCCGACUGA